AUGAUCCAGGGAGGACAAAGACUCUCUGGGGAAGGAAAUAAGGACGACAUGAGUCUUUGGGGUGGGACUUUUGCUGAUGAAUUUGACGACCGUUUGAAACAUGAUCAAAGGGGAGUCUUAAGUAGUGCUAACGGUGGUCCCAAUACCAAUAAGCGCCAGUUUUUUAUUACUUUCAAAGCAACACCGCAUUUGGACCGAAAGCAUUCUGUCUUUGGCCAAGUUGUAGACGGCAAAAAAGUCUUGAAAGAAAUGGAGAAGGCUGCAACGGACAAGAAGGACAGACCUGUUGAUCCAAUCAAGAUUCUAACAACAGUGGUUCUGGUAGACCUUGCCAAGGAGGCGGAGGACAAGGAGUUUGCACGCUUACAAGGAUUCAGAGAAGGAAGAACGGAAGCAGAGCGCCAAAAGCAAGCCAGGUCAUUGGGCAAGACUGCUUUGCCUUUGGAUAGACGUGGCGGAAGUAUUGAGAGCAGAAAUAGCACUGCAACGAUUGGGAAAUACUUGUCUCAAACAAUGAUUCAAUCAAAAGAGGUAUCAGCAGACAUUGAUGUCAUUAUUCCAUCAGCACCAUCUCCUAGUAAGAUGAAUGAGAACAAAGUCAAAACAAAUACUCAGUUUGGAAACUUUAGUUCUUGGUGA